AUGAUCAAAGGCUGCACUUGGGAUCGCUGGGAGCGGGAAAUCAGACUUCGACUAAACAGCCUUCGACGGGCAUCAAAGGCCGGCCGAAGCACUGCCAAUUCAAGACAGUGCCGUAGGUUGGUGCCCAGCACGGUGGAGGGUAUCACAGACAUCCUCAGUAUGGGUCGCAACACAGAGAUCACGAUUGUUGAUCGUAAUGGCGAAGAGCGAGAGAGAGGGGAGAUCGUUGCCGACCACGACCGCGCGGAGCGAGGGCCACAGUAUGCGAACCAAGAUUACCUACGCGACCUGCCAACCGCCUAUCUAAACCCCGCCGACCAGGGAUCGACUAACGAUGAGGGCCGUGACGAUCUCCACGACCCAGAUAAUCAAACAGAAGACGAAGACUUUGAUGGGGAAGACGACGACGACAGCCCUGCCGACUUGGAUUCGCUGUCGCAGUCCAUUCACAGGCUUCGUGACAUAUAUGAAGCCAUGGAUCUCGAGUCGAGGAGGUCUAGCAGCGCCUGCCAUCAGCUGGCCGCUCAGUUGAGGGCCCAGCGUGAGGCUCAGGCUCGCGAGAUUCAAGGCCUGCGAGACGAGAUCGCUAGGUAUGAUGAAGCGAAUCGUCACGAAGAAGCAGCCCCAGAUCAGAUCAACACCGCCUCAACUGCAUCUUCCCAACCCGACCUGGAGCCGCGACCACCGAAGAGACGCAGCAUCGUAGUCUCGCCCCAUACACGUUUCUCACAGAUCCGGGGCCACUCUCACGAACGUUCUCUCGAGCGACAGCCCACGCCUCCAACAAACAGUACAGAUGGGAGCUAG